AUGAGUUUCGUGAAAUUUAAAAAACCACAGAGGAGUUAUUCUUCAACAACUACUCCCCAAAAAGAUGAUGACCAAGAAUCUACUCCCUAUUUCACUCAUCAAAGAGCGUAUACUGAUAUACCACAAAGCAGCAAUAACACUUCACAACAACCAUCAAUUUAUUCCGAACGUCGUCAGUCAUCGUACCCCCCUCCUUCUCCAAGAAUUAAAUCAUCCAUCAUGAAACUUCCCAUAACAUUUACUCCUCUACGCAGUAAAGCUACAAAAGCCAUGAAAUUUGGGAAUCAUCAAGAUGCUCUUAGAUUCCUUAAUGAAUUGAUCAUAACUUAUCCGGAUAAUUAUCAAACGAGGUGCGAUAGAGCAGAAAUUUAUCAACAUUUAAAACGUGAUCUGGAGGCCAUUAAUGAUUUGGAUUAUGCAAUAGAAAUAAAACCAAAUAAAGCUAAAGCAUUUUAUUUAAGAGGAUUAAUUCUCAAAGGAAUGAAUGAAUUGGGAGCAGCGAGAAAAGAUUUAAACAUGGCAUUUCAAAAAGAUAGUAAUGAUCCAAGAGCAUUGGACUCUUUGAAAAUUUGUGCACAAAUUAAUAUAGAUGAAGAUAGUCCAUAUAGUAUUGAACAAGCGAUAUCUAAUUUAAAUGACAUGUUGAAAUUGGAUGAGAAAAAUAUUUGGGCUUUACAUAAGAGAGGAGAAAUUUAUUUUAGACUAAAAAAAUAUUCUAAAGUUGUAAAGGAUAUGGAUAAAGCAUUAGAUAUUGAACCUAAUGACGUUGAGUUUAUUGAACUAAGAGGAACUUCAUUGGGGAAAAUGUUAAAAUAUAAUGAAGCAAUGAAAGAUUUUAAUAGGGCAUUAGAAUUGAAUUAUGAUCAUAAUCCAGGACUUUUAUUGAAAAGAGCGAAAAUAUAUAGGUUACAACAUAAAUAUCAGGAAGGUUUGAUUGAUAUUGAAAGUUUACUUUCAAUGGAUGUUGAGUUAGAUUUUCAUAUUUUACGAACUCGUGGAAAGAUUUAUCGUGGUUUAUGUAGGUAUAAAGAAGCAUUGUCUGAUUUUAAUGCGGCAUUAAAGCAAAAACAAAAAUAUUCAAUAUACGUUAGAAGGGCCGAGAUACACAAAGUAUUAAGACAAUACGAUGAAGCGUUAAACGAUCUAAAUCGGGCAUUAACGUUUAAACCUGAUCAAGAAGAGGAAAUUAAGAUUUGUGAAAUGCGUAAUCAAGUCUAUUCUCAAUCGUCUAAAUUCAAGGAGGCAUUGGAAGGAUUAAAUAAUGUCUUGAGUAUAACACCAGGAAAUGUGAAUGCACUCACUGAAAGGGGAAAAGUUUAUCGUGCCACACAUCGCCCCGAUGAAGCAUUGAAUGAUUUAAAUUUGGCCUUGAAAACUGAUUCAAAAUGCUCACUUGCACUUUUAUACCGUUCUAAAAUAUAUCGCGACCAAAAUAAUUUUAAAGGAGCGCUUAAUGAUCUUAAUGCAGCUUGGAAAAUAGAUCCUAAAAACGCACAAAUAUUAAGAAAUAGAGGGAAGAUCCUUACUUUAAUUGAACAACAUAAUAAGGCGCUAAUAGAUUUAGAUGACUCUUUAAAAUUUGAGAAACAUUCUUCGGCUUUGAGAUAUCGAGGAAAAAAUUUAUCAAAAUUGAAGAAAUAUGAUUUAGCUAUUAAGAGUUUCAAUAAAGCCUUACAGAUGAAACCCACUAGUGGAAGUAUAUUUUAUGAUCGUGGCGAAAGUUAUUUCAAUUCUCACAAGUAUAAAGAUGCUUUAGAAGAUAUGAAUAAAUCUUUGGAAUUUGAUGAGAACCCCAAUUCUUUUGAGCUACGUUCUUUAAUAUACAUGCAACUUAAAGAUUACAAGAAUGCUUUAGCAGACACGAAUAGAGUCCUUCAUAUUAAUGCAAAAGAUGUAAAAACAUUGAGAAGAAGGGCAAAUUUAUUGGAAAAUUCUCAACGAUUUCAUGAAGCUCUUGAUGAUUGGUUACAGAUCAAGAGGUUUUCGAAAGGCAAAGCAGAACCUGAAUAUAUAGAAGUAUUAGAAAAUUGUGGAAGGUUAUUAUUUAAACUAUGUAGAUAUGACGAAGCAUUAGAAAUAUUUGAUGAAUCUCUUGAACUGGCGUCUGAUAAUCUCACAUUUAUAUGUUAUCGCGCCAAAAUCCUUCAAGAACAAAAAAACUAUGAUGUCGCACUCAAUGAACUUAAUGCUGCUAUGGGAAAACAAGGUGACAAAUGUAGUUUGUUUGUUAUGCGAGGUGCCAUUUAUAAAUCUAUGAAGAGAUAUAAAGAAAGUUUACAGGACCUGAACAAAGCAUUAAAAUUUAAAUCUGAAAAUGGAUCGGAUCAGUAUUUUGAAUUACAGACUGAAGCUUAUUGUUAUAGAGGUAGUAUUUAUCGUUCUUUACGUAAGAAUAAUGAAGCUUUGCUAGAUUUAAAUACCGCUUUAGAAAGAGAUCCCGACAAUAUAAUGGCCUUAUGCGAAAGAAGUUCUAUUAAUCGUGAUCGUGCUAGAUAUGACGAUGCUUGGAAAGAUAUUGAAAAGAUUUUAUCUCCGACUAUCGUCAAUGAAAUCAGUGUUUGA